GUAACAGACAUUAAAGAAAAGCUAAAGCUCUCUAAAAAGUUCUGGUCAACAUUACCCUACACAAUCUGCAAGGAUGAGCGAGUGACGGCUGGUCCAUCAAUCGAGGAGGACUGCUGGAAUGGCCACACCAAGGCGAGAUACUUGCCUGAGAUUAUGAACGAUGGCUUGACCAACCAGAUCAACAAUCCAGAAGUAGAUGUGGACAUCACAAGGCCAGAUACCUUCAUUCGACAACAAAUCAUGGCCUUACGUGUCAUGACUAACAAACUGAAGAAUGCAUAUAAUGGAAAUGAUGUCAACUUCCAGGAUACAAGUGAUGAAACCAGUGGCUCAGGCAGCGGAAGUGGCUGUACAGAUGACAUCUGUCCCACCGAGUUCGAUUUCAUCACCACUGAAGCGCCACCGGUCGACUCUGACAGGAGGGAGGUGGAGGCUUCAUCCGCGCAGCCUGGCCAGUCACUGCAGACAUUGCUCCUCGUCUUCAUCAGUCUGGUACUGCAGAGACAGUGGAGAUAA